GUUUUUCAAGCAUAGAUUUGUACCAUUGUAAAUACACUUUGGUGCAAAUGAAAGCUGAAGUUAAAUUAGAAAGUUUUUAAUGGCAAUUUUUGUUGUAAUGAGGAUCUGACGGUGGGGGCAAAGUGAUCAAUAAUCUGGAUUUUACGCGUUUGGGAGUUUCUGCAGGGUGGAGGUCUGAGCUGAUGGGUCCUUUUAGCAUUCGCGUCUCUCGGGUGCGCAGUGUUGCCAGCCUCAGAGCCACGUCAGGCCUCCAGCAACUGCUCGUCUUCCUCUCUGCCUCUCCAAGGUUAGAGAUAGGCCCGCCCGACUGGCUGGAAGCACUCAGAGGAAACGGCGCACGGCGGGAGCCGGACACCGGGAAUUAUUUCCUUCAUUCAAGAUUUUCCCCCACACAGCAGCUCAAGGUGUAGGCUGCGAUUUUUUCUUUUUCCAUUUCCUCUUUCGCCUCUGCAUGCGGCUUUGCAGCUAAGAGAAGAUCGCUGUUGCUCCGGUACUUGAUGGAAACGCGCAAUCAUAAAACAUGGUUGCAUUUGGAGAAUAUCCGUGAAUGUGGUCUUACAUCGGUGCGUCACAAAAGACAACUCAGCGAGCUGGACUCCUGGUUGGGUGCGAAGACUUUACUGUGCACCUUAGUGCUGCUGGAGUGAAGGUGACUCGAGCCCCGUCGCAGCCAAAGCAAUGCGGAGAGGAGCCACAGGCGUUCAUCCCUUACUUUCCCUGCGCCCUCAGGCUCGUCUGGGCACUCUCCCGCAAUAACGGGAAGCAACCGGGAGCAAUAACAAACGAGGUUUAAGCCCAGCCCUGAACGGCGAACUGUGACGUGGUGAGACCGGAGGAGUGGUGGAGUUUCUUUUUUGGGGGGUGGGGGGGAAACCGGACAAAAAUCGUUCUGUCUUAGGGCUGUUUUAAUAGUAGAUGUGUAUGCAUGAGUUCUGCAUCGAAUGGGCGAAAAAACCGCCCCAGAUCCGCCGGGAACAUCUUCCAGAUCGGAAAGCCUCCGCACCGAGACCCACAGAGGAGGGAGAGCACCGAAAGUACCCGCAAAGCCCAGCGCGCCGUGGCCGACUGCAGAAUGAUCGUGCAAGAAUUCAACACACUUGUGGCUCUCUACCGUGAGCUGGUCAUCUCCAUCGGUGAAAUCACUGUUGACUGUCCCUCCCUGCGGACCGAAAUGCUCAAGACCCGAACUAAAGGCUGCGAAAUGGCGCGAGCGGCUCACCAGAGUCUCUCCUUGAUUUCAGGGCCUGAAGAUGGAGAAAUCCACCCUGAGAUCUGCAGGCUCUUCAUCCAGCUGCAGUGCUGUCUGGAAAUGUACAUCACAGAAAUGCUGAAAUCUGUCUGCUUGCUGGGAUCCCAGCAGCUCCACCGAAAAGGCAACGAUUCAUGUGGGCCUCCAGGUAUCGACAGCAAAACCGAAGACUCAGACAUCCCGAUCCUGGAGGACACCUCUUCGUCACCCACUGAUUGUCCUCAAGCUUGCUGGUUGGUGGCCACUGACAUAGAAAAUAUUGAAAAGGAUAUGAGAGAUAUGAAGAACCUUCUCAGUAAACUCAGGGAGACAAUGCCUUUACCGCUGAAGAACCAAGACGACAGCAGUUUGCUGAACCUGACUCCCUACCCACUUGUCCGACAGAGGAAACGGCGAUUCUUUGGACUCUGUUGCCUGGUAACCAGCUAAAGGCCCCACCUCCACAUGUAGGAGGUGGAAACAAAGACACCAUUACCCACCGUCUGUCACCAGUUGUGUCUCCCACCAAUCUAUUACUGCCACUUUCAAAUGUAUUUGCUCUUUUCUUCAAAGGCUGAUCAUUUUAUAAUUUUAUUUUGUAAUACAAAGAGGAAUUGUAACUGCAAUGUACUUAAAACAAGACUCGUGAACAAAUAUUUUAAACUAUUUGGCAGAAGUUUUUUCCCCCCUUUUUGGGUAAAUUAAGGGAGAAUUCUGCUCGUCCAACGUGGAAAAAGUACGAGAGAUGAUCUGAAACGUCAGUGUUGAAAUAAUCUGACAAUCCUGUGUGAAUGAUUCAUGUUUGAAAAAGGGAAUAUAAAUGUUUGUUUUGUCAGAAAUAAUAUAACUUAUUAAGAGAUGCCAUGUGACUGUGUAAUGGAUGAAACACGCAAGGAGAAGGGCAAAACUUUUGUCACAAAUGAGGCAACUGGGGGAAAAAAUAACGUUUGUCGUGUAUUGCAGUCUCUAGUUUCUGUUUCUUGCCGUUUUUCUUCUAAAUGUACUUAAUUUAGUCUUCCAUAAACCAAAAACCUGUAUCCAGCUUAAACUUUUCAGCUUCAAAAAAAGAAAUAUGUGAUACAUUACUCAACAGGAAACUUCUUUGCACACAAUAUCUAUCUAUCAAUUGAGACAUUAGACUCGUACGUAGGCAUACUCUUUACGCUCUGGAUUAUUUUGAAAUUAGGAGGGGAUUAGAGAAGAAUGCUUGCAUAUGGGUUGAUAAACGGGCUGCUCGCUGUGCAGACAUUAAAAAUGAUCUCACACGUCUAAGGCAAAGGUGAAGAUAUGGUAGUUAAAGCUGUAAUAGGUCAUUUUACAUUGAUAAUAAACUUUUGUUAUUAAAACCA